GCUGUCCUCUGUCUUACCCCAGGCUCUGCUGUCAUUCUGUCUAGGCCCACAUUCUGCGGGUUGAUACAUCGCAUUUCUGUCGGCUCCGAAGUUUUACGAUUGCCUACAAUUACAAACAGAUGUCCUGAUGUUGGGUCAAUUCAAUCGACAAAGGUGAUAUCAGCAUCAGAUUCGGCUGCUUCCAUAAUAUAGGGUCCAUUGUCAUCCGCACGGUGGAUAGCUUCUCGCGUGUUUCACGAUUAAUAGUUAAUAUUGUUUGCUGCCAUGUUAAUGACGGCACAUCAGAACCAGAGUGCGCUUGGACGCGUCUCUGGCGGAGAUGACCAGAAUCAGGACCAGGAUGUGAUGCAGAUUUCCGUUCCGCCAUCCCCGACUCUGACCAACCCGGAUAUGAUCUUGCCCUGGGACGACACCGAGCGUCAGCAGUCGACGCCGUCUCCGCCCUUCAACCUGCCCUCCCUUGAGUCGCUCGCCAAUAUGCACUCGUCCUACGGUGGCCAAUACUUCCAGGGAGACGCCAAUCAGAAUGCGGGGGCGGACAAUUCACAGAUCGGAGUCGCCAUCUCAGUGCCCGCUCGACCAGAGAAGAAAGUGUUUCCGCGGACUAUGUGGUUGUAUGAAGGGCAUGAGCCUGGCCGGCCAUUGUCGGAGAUUGGCGAGGAGGAUGACAACUCACCACCACCGUCGAGAGGCCGGGAGGGCUAUCAUCUUACGGUACCGCAGAGCAACAGUUCCUCGAGGUCAUCUUCCGCAACUGCGCGAGACGAAAGAAGUGAAUCGCGCAGCAGUGGAUCGAGUUCGACGGUCAGCGCUGGGACACAACAGGGGAGCCGUACGGUUCCAGGCCUUCAAAACAUUCAAAGCACCGAAACCAAUGGGUCUGGUAUUCACCACAUCCAGCAGGAGAAUGGAGAAGGAGGACGCCAUGCUGAUACGGGGUCGAAGGCAGAUGAGGAAGGCAAUGGUGAUGAUGCCUCGUCUGCAAUUCUAACGAACGAGGCGGAGAGGAUCUUGGAGAACGCGAAGCGCCGAUUGUCGCUGAUGGAAGGAAACCUCACAAGAGCGCGCACUUCAAUGCGGAUGAACACUCCCGUAACGUCUUCGCCCUCUCCCUCGCCUCUGGCAGCUCCUCUCCACAUAGGAUCGCUCGAACCAGGUGGCCUAUACAGAUCGAUCUCCCGAACUGAGCCCCGUGCCUCCCUCCUGAGACCACGACCGACAUAUGAUGCUUCGCAGGAUUGGACUGGUAACUGGCACUCGCGGGUGCAGAGCGAGACGAAUCUGCCGCUACACCUGAAGGCUACUCGUCUGGAUAAGGAGCAGAGAGCCCUCCCACGUUCUCUCAGCGCAAUGGCGACUAGCAGCACGUCUGGUCACCAGGACGAGGACGAUUCCUUCUCUCAUGGCGGAUCACAGGGCCAGCUUAAUCAUAGAGCCUCGACUACUGCUUUUUACCCUACAACUUUAAACGCUCUUACAGAAGAACCCAAGAGUGCACCGAUAUCGACUGUGGGCCGGGAAUCUCCGAGAGGACUCGGAAUCUCACAGACCGAAGAGGAGGGCCCUAAAAUUACUUCUAUGGAAGAUUUUAAUACUGCCUAUCCUCCAGAGGAUCCACCGUCGCGUGCUCAGUCUCAAUUACAAGUGCGAGACCUCAAGGAUCAAAUGACAGGUCUUAAGAUCAAGAUCUCGUCCUUGAAGGUGAAGACACAGGAAGAUAACCUCCGUAGGCGCAGUCUCCAGAGUUUGCGGACUCCUAGUCCCUUGACGUCAGCAGACAAGUGGAUCACCAAUUCGAUGGAGGUGCGUGAGGCUAACAACGACUUCGAGCUCAAUGGGGGCCAUGUUCAAAACUGGAGGGAUUCCGGUAUCUCUCAGUACGAGCUACAGGAAGACUAUCGCAAUGACUCGGACAAGUCCGGCACGACUGUUGAUGGACAAGAUUCGCAGCCUGACUAUAACGAGCAGACCGAUUAUGAGGAUCAGCAGUCUAUCAUCGAGAGCCAUUAUGAAGACGCUGAAGAGGGCGAGUACGAUGAUGAGUCUUCCGAGAUUGAUCGUGACGCACUCAACGAGAUCCUGAACGAGCCGCUGGAUGAUGAUCUAGCCUCAGUCUAUGAAGAUUUUCCUGAAACGACGCCCCACGAGGAGCGCGAGGAUGCCUUCGAUUAUGAGAAUUUCUUCCUCCACAGCGCAUUGGGUAACUAUUCGCGAGCUAAGAUGCGCCGAGGAAGUAAUGGUUCACAGGCUUCCAUUGAAACGACACGGCCGGCUCCGUCUGGACACUCUGUUAGACACUCGCGCACAAAUAGCGCUGAUUCUAUAUCAACGGUGGCUACAUUUGCUACUGCAACUGAAGGGGCAAAUGCGUAUGAAGAAAGUUCUCAAGGCGAGAUUGAUAAUGCCCUUUACUGGGACAGGAAGGCCACCGAGGGUCUUCCACCGCCUGACUACUCCCCGGCUAGCAAUAUAUACGAAUAUAAUUCGAGACAAAUAACGAAUGGUUCUGAGUAUCCUGAUGAUAAUAUGGGUACUCCACGCGCGAAUCGUCUUCGACCCGACCUUCAGGAUGGCCCGAACAGAGACUACUCUUCCCACCGUAAUUCUCGAAAUAUCACCUCUCCUUUCUCCCCCGCUCGCGAUGUGGCUGGGUCUACUACCCCGACUUCGGCAUUUGUUUCUUCGCUUGUUGCAGCAUCGAGUCCGAAUCCGAAUGCAACCACACCCGGAUCCUCAUCUCUCAACAACGAUGACCUACGGCUUCUAGACCAGCUCUUUGACAGCCUUGGAAGAGUCUGCACAGAUUUGCAGACAAUCAUAGACUCGCCCGAUCCGGACCCCAAGACUGCUCGCUUGCUGAGAAGGCGUCUCGAUGCGGCGAGACGUGUGCUGGAUGGCCAGCUAGAUACUUAACCCUAUUCGGAGCCCAUCUACUUGAUCAUUUCAGGUUAUACAAUUGUUUUUAUACUAUGACUGGGAUUUAUGGGCGACGAAAUAAUGUGCGGGGCCUUGGCCUUGAUUCUCUCCGAUAUCCGUUUAAUAGCUGAGCCAGCGGUUCAUUUUAUUUUAUUUCUUUUCUUUUCACUUCUUUUAUUUUCAUUUGUUUUCUUUUUCCUUGCGAGGCUAUGGCGAAACAACUGGGCUUUCGAAGGCCGGCGGCGUGGUGCAUUCUCGAUACCCGAGUGUUUCUGACUUCACUUCUUCUGUUUCUUUAUGUCAUUUUUACCGAAUACCCAUCAAGCUGUACGUAAGUUUUAUAUUCUCUUUCAU